UUGGCUGCAUCGGCACACGCCUGCUCUGAUAAAACCUUCGAUUAUCAACUGACUGUAUUAUCACCACCAUACCAUAAUAUCUCACUUUCCAGGUCUAUAAUAUAAGUCCGUGCGUUUCGUCCUGACCUCAAGCCUGUUGGUUGUGUGAUGAGGAGGGUUGAGUUAGCAGUGGUCAGAACUCUCCUCCUCUCUGUAUCCGCGUCAGGAAAACAACACGCGCAUUUGCUCCAUCGGAGGAGACACGUGUGUGGUGGAGCGCGGCAUCACUGCACACUCAUGGCUGAAGAGGCUAAAAAACUGGCAGCCUAUGCUGCUGUCGAUAACCAUAUAAAGAACAAUCAGGUAGUUGGUGUGGGUAGCGGCUCAACUAUUGUCUAUGCUGUGGACAGACUAGCUGAAAAGGUACGACAGGAAAAGCUGAACAUUGUGUGUGUUCCCACAUCAUUCCAGGCCCGUCAGCUGAUUCUGCAAAACGGUCUCACUCUGUCAGAUUUAGACAGACAUCCUGAGCUGGAUGUUGCGAUUGAUGGAGCUGAUGAAGUAGAUGCUGAUUUGACUCUGAUAAAGGGAGGAGGGGGUUGCUUGGCCCAGGAGAAGAUCGUGGCAGGUUGUGCCAAACAUUUCAUUGUCAUAGCAGACUACAGAAAGGACUCUAAGGCCUUAGGCCAGCAAUGGAAGAAAGGUGUGCCAGUGGAGGUCAUUCCCAUGGCGUAUGUGCCCGUGACCAGAGCCAUUGCCAGCAGGUUCGGAGGAGAAGCUGUGCUGAGGAUGGCUGUCAGUAAAGCGGGUCCUGUGGUUACUGAUAAUAGUAACUUCAUCCUGGAUUGGAAGUUUGAGAAUCAUCAGAACUGGAAAGAAGUCAACACGGCCAUCAAGAUGAUCCCAGGUGUGGUUGAGACUGGCUUGUUUGUGGGGAUGGCUGAGAGGGUCUACUUUGGAAUGGAGGAUGGGAGUGUGAAGGUUAGAGACGCUCCUGUCAACUAAGAAGAAACUUUCUUCGCUUAUAAGACAGACCAGCCUGCAAACCUCAAGUGCCGUUUAGAUACACAGACUCUGGCAGCUCUUUCUCUACGGUUUUACGGUACACAAACCACCAAGAGGCAUCUGAUCAGGACACUUCCCAUAAAUGAAAUGUGGCAUUUUACGCACCAGUGCCACAUUACCUUGAUAUUUUUCUCUCAUACUGUCUAAGUCUGUCAAUGAUGAGUCUGCUGUGGUAUUCCGUGUUUUUUUGCCUUCUGUACUGCUUUAUGUAGUCAUACUGUAUCAUGUUGUCUUGCAUGGACGUACUAUGAAUAUUAUGUGUAUUGCAUCUGUGGCCUUAAAAAUGUAUCCUGUAAAGUCUGACAGUAGAGCUCACACAAUCACCUUAGUCUGUUCUAUGAGGUUCUUCAAAGUAAUUGUAAUCAUUGAGUCUGGCUUGUUUUGGUAUGUAUUGUGUAAUUUGUGCCUGUGAGCAUGAAGCAAGUGUUUGGAUAAUGAAAAAGUGUGUUUGCGUCUCAACUGAACUCGAGCCGGCCUUAUUUUUCACAUUUGUGAUAAUGGACUCUUUCCACAAAGGUCACUGUGAGUUGUGGUUGUUGUAAAGUACAUUAAAAAACAGCUUAUUGUUUUACCCUCCCAAUUUUACUGUGAUGUAGAAUGGAAAUUUAAAAUGUUGUACUCUGGAUUCUGAAUUCAAUAUUAAAACUGGACCAAACAAUGAAUUAA